CAGAGUAAGAGCUUCUUCCUUCCGUCUUGACCGUGAAGAUGAUGAUGAGGAGACCAUCACAGCUCCUCUCUUCCGUCCUGACCGUGGUGUUGUGCUGUUGGUGUUACCAUGGUAACUGUUUGGAGCUGUCACCUGGAAACCAAGAGGUGGUCCUGCAGGCGGGGUCUAACCUGUCAAUCAACUGCACAGGCUCCGCCCCUGUCAACUGGCGCUACAGGCGAGAAGACAACAUUCCUGACUUCCUGGUUGAGAAGACCACGCCCACUUCUUCCUUUGCCCUGCCAUUGGUGGAUAUGUACUCUGCUGUCCUGCGAUUGGACAACGUCACCUGGAGACACACAGGAGUGUACGUCUGCUACGAGGAGGGACACACACUCACACGCGAAGUCGCUGUUUACGUACCUGAUCCUGAAGUCUGGUUCCUGGAGUCUACCCACUACCUGGCGGUGCGUCUGGGUGCCGUGGCAACCGUGCCCUGCCUAGUUACGGACCCCAACAUCAGCGUCUCAUUGGUCCAUGCGCUGACGGAACAGGAAGUGAUGGGAGGGGCUUAUCAGCCGGGGGAGGGGUUUAUCGGCGCCAUGGAGGAGGAUGACUAUCGUUGCCGUGGUUACCGAAACGGAGAGACGCGAGAUUCCGAACCUUAUCAUGUCUACGGCAUCCUCGUGCCCGUGAUGAUGAGUGUGUAUAUCAACGCGUCCCACACGGUGCUGAAGAGAGGAGAGAGCCUCAGCCUCAACUGUACUCAGCACGGCGCAGAGCUGGCCUUCUUCACAUGGACAUGCAGGGAGCAGACACAGCACGGGGCCGAGCUGGCCUUCUUCACUUGGACAUGCAGGGAGCAGGAGGUGCCAGUAGAAGUGGUCCAUGAGCACGUUUCCCGUACAGUCGGCCGCAGUCACCUGUUCCUACCAGAGGUGGCGCUGGAGGACGCCUGUGAGUACGUGUGUCACGUGAGAGAGAGCGUCACCGAACAACAGACCUCCACCAGCGUUCAAGUCACAGUGCUCGAGCGUGGCUUCGCGAGGGCCUCUGGUCCGCUGAGGAGGAGGGUGUUGUCACGACUACAGGCCACGGAGGAGUUAGGGGUGGAGCUUGAAGCAUACCCCCCGCCAUUGGUGGAAUGGAGCAAGGAUGGACACGCCCUCUUGCCAAAUAAGGACAACCUCAUUAGCAUACGACAGGACACGGAGACCAGGUUUGUGAGCACCUUAACUCUGGUGCGUAUCCGUGCGGAACAGAGGGGUGUGUACGUAGCUCACAUCAGCAACGGAGACGCACACACACAAGUCGUCUUCGAUCUGGAGGUCAGAGAGCCCCCCCGCAUCACGGAGCUGUCAGACGUGUCUCUGUCGGGCGAUAAGCACGCGGUCACCUGCGUAGCCGAGGGAGUCCCGCCCCCUAACAUCACAUGGUACACCUGCGAACUCACACACAGGUGUGACAACAGCAGUGUGUUGACGCUGGUGUCCUCGUCCUCCGAGGACGUGAGUGUGUUAUCGAGAGUGUUCCUCAACUCUUCCAAACACACACACACCUCCCGCUCCACGCUGACCUUCCAACGACCUCAACUGCUCACCGUGCGCUGCAGAGCACAGAACACCCUCGCCACCACCACACAGAACAUCAAGCUGGUGUCCAAGACUCUGUUCUCGCAGGUUGCUGUGUUGGCUGCAGUGUUGGCGCUGGUCGUCAUCAUCAUCAUCUCCAUCAUCAUCCUCAUCGCCGUCUGGAGGAAGAAGCCUCGUUAUGAGAUCCGCUGGAAGGUGAUUGAGUCUGUGAGUCUGGAUGGCCAUGAGUACAUCUACGUGGACCCCAUACAACUACCCUACGACUUAACAUGGGAGAUGCCAAGAAACAGCCUCAUACUGGGUCGUACGUUGGGUUCCGGAGCGUUCGGUCGGGUUGUCGAGGCAACAGCUUAUGGACUCAGCCACACACAGUCCAGCACUAAAGUGGCCGUCAAGAUGCUGAAAUCCACCGCUCGCCGUAGUGAAACUCAGGCCUUGAUGUCGGAACUGAAGAUCAUGAGUCAUCUGGGACCACACCUGAACAUAGUCAACCUACUGGGGGCCUGCACCAAACAAGGGCCGCUGUACCUGGUGACGGAGUAUUGUCGCUAUGGCGACCUGGUGGACUACCUGCACCGCAACAAACACACCUUCCUCCAUCACCAUGGCGACAAGAGCUCUCAGGACACGCCCCUCUACUGCAACGGGACACUACAGCACACAGAGAAGGGGUACGUGUCGUUUGGUAAUGAGGGGGACGGCGGCUACAUGCAGAUGAAUCGCGACUCCGAGCUGACGAGCGAAUACAUGUCCAUGCAGGACCACACACACUACACACACGCACACACACUCACACACACACACGACACACACGACACACACACCAUCAAGUACGCCGACAUCCAACCCUCAGGUUACGAGUCCCCGUACCAGCAGGAUCUCUAUCAGGAGCAAGGUUCUUCAGUAGAUGAGUCCCUCGUCCUCAGUGAGUCUCCAGUCUUGUGUGUGUCGGACCUCAUCGGCUUCAGUUAUCAGGUGGCUCAGGGCAUGGACUUCCUAGCCUCCAAAAACUGUGUUCAUCGUGACCUGGCGGCCCGUAACGUCCUGGUGUGUGAAGGGAAGCUGGUGAAGAUUUGUGACUUCGGCCUGGCCAGAGACAUCAUGCACGACAGCAACUACAUCUCUAAAGGCAGCACCUUCCUGCCCCUCAAGUGGAUGGCGCCAGAGAGCAUCUUCCACAAUCUCUACACCACACAGAGUGACGUCUGGAGCUACGCAAUACUACUCUGGGAGAUCUUUACACUGGGGGGCACUCCGUAUCCAGACCUGCCUAUGAAUGAGCUGUUCUACAACGCGCUGAAGAGAGGAUACCGCAUGGCCAAGCCCACACACGCCACCGACGAGAUCUAUGAGGUGAUGCGUAAGUGCUGGGAGGAGCGUUAUGAGAAGAGACCAGAGUUCAACUUCCUGGUUCACACCAUGGGGAACAUGCUGACAGACAGCUACAAGAAGCGUUACGGCCAGGUGAAUGACAGCUUCCUGCGUAGCGACCAUCCGGCCGUGGUGCGCACCAAGCCCCGCCCACUAAACCCAUUUGGACCAAUGGGACACGAGUCUGGAGGCCCUGCACCAAUCAGAAGAGGCGACUGCCCUCCGCUGAGCCCGCCCCCCUUCCUGGCCGACGCCCUGCCCCCUCCGAACGAUUACAUCAUCCCCCUGCCGGACACACACCCCCGACCGGAACACACACACACACACCUGGCGUGCAGCGAGCCCUCUACACCCACGGAGAGCACAGCCAGUUCCGUGUCGGAGGAGCCGGCUAUUGAUGUUCCUGAGGAGCAGAAGUUGAUUCCCGAUUGGAACGCCGCCGAGAGCCGAAACGCUUCCGGAACGCCUGACUUCGAGGAGAGCUUCCUAUAGGCCCAUAUUAGGCAGACGGAACACACACACACACACACACACACGCACACACACAC